GUGUUGUCCGCCGGAGUAGACAGACCUCAGAGCCCGCGAGUCCCGGCCUCAUGUCGAGCGUGUGUCCCCGAAAGAUGCGAGACUUUUCCGCCAGAGACAAUUGAGAAGCCCAAAAGCAGUGCACGUGUCUGUGGAAAGUGAAAACCCUAACAGCAAUAAAGGAAGCCGCAAAUCAAACUGAAAUUCUCCUGCGAAGGCCACAACCAGAACCAGCGGCAAGUCGUGUGUGCGUUUGUUUCAAAUUGUGUGCUCACUCGUACCUGCCCCCUUGCCGCACUUGCGGCACUUGAUAGCUUUGACAUUGGCGCCACAUUUGCAUCUAGCCGUGGGGCAGGUGUAAAUAUUCAUUCGUCCCGCUGGGCGAAGAGUGGGUGCAGCUGCUGCUGUUGCUGCUUUUAGCAUAAUUAAGGAAGAGGAAAAACUUGGCCAGAGCCUUGAAACUUUCAAGAGAUCGGUGCCGUCAAAGGCAGCAGCUUUAAAGGCCGGACUGGAGUGGAGCGGACCACUGCUGCCUGUGGACGUGAACGGAAAGAAUGCUGGCCCCGCUCCAAGUCCGACUGCGACUGCGACCACGAAUCGAGUGCUCCUCUGAUCCCCGCCGACGCUGAGCGAUGAGGGAUCGGCAAGCAUGUCCCUGUCUGAACGCAAUACGCCCAGCCAUGGGUCUGGAGCAGGGUCGGGAUUGGGAUCGGCAGCGGCAGCGGGCCGCCAACGGGCGCCGCCGGAUGUGGAGGAGGCCCUGUCCUCCAUGCUUUGGACCCCCUACGAGCGUACGCCCAUGCCCAGCUCAUCGGAGGGCGAGGAGGAGGAGGAGGAGGACGAUGAUGAGCGCCUCAACCGGAAACUCCACAAAUCGCACAGCAGCUACGAGGCCUCGGCGCUGAACCAGCCUCCCAUCCAACCCCACGCCCACUCCUCCCACCUCCAGCCCAUCUAUGCGCACCACCCACCAGCAGUGGAGGCGGUGCCCCUGCUAUUGCCACUGCCACUGCAAAUGCCACUGCCACUGCCGAUGCCGCUACCCCCCGUGCCUUCCUUUCCCAACUUUAGUUUAAGCGCAUUCGAUGCGGCAAUCGCCGGCUUCGACCUGGCCAAAGCCGGACAGGCGGCCACCGCAGAGGGGAGUGGCGCAGGUGGAGGCGGCAGACGGAAUCGAUACUCGUUCCCCUCCUACUACGGCAGCCCGGCCCACACAUUGACCCAAUGGUGUUCCUCGGCGGCAACGGCCAUCCAGGAGCCGCCAUCCUACGAGUCGCUCUACUCGGCCCAGGACUCGACCUCCACCUCCCUCCUGGCCAUGUCGAGCGUGGCUCGGCCCAGGAGCGGAUCCCAGCCGGAGACCGAACCAUGUGAUAGAUCGCAACGAUCGCCAACGAAAGCAGCAGCAGCAGCAGCGGCAGCGCUAGCCGCGGCUGCUCCACUAACGGCAAAUGUUCCCGCUGAGCGUCUUAUGCGCUCCUUCACGGACGACUACAUAUCGCAGAAUUGCGCUUCAUUCACGCCAGCAAUAAAGCAAAGCAGCAACAAAAGACACGCUGAAUUAACAAGAGCAACGGAAACAAGGCAAAGACAAAAACAAAGUCCAGCAACGAAUGCAAGAUCACAACAAAGUAGAGAAAAGACAAGCAGCAGCAACAGCAUCGACAAAAUCGACCAAAGCAACAACAACAACAACAACGAUGGCAGCGACUGCAGCAGCAGCGGAGCGAAUUGCAUUAUCAAUGAACAGAGAAGAGGCAAAGCUGGCGAUGAGCACGAAAUGGCAAAAGCAACAGCAACAACAACGGGAGUCGAGGAAACCAGCUCGAGAGCAGGCCGCCAGGUCACUCAACCUGUUUCCUGUGCCACUGCAGCCGGAGAGCAAGAGAGCGAGCCAGAGAGAGCCAGGGAGAGCGACAGCGACAACCACGAACGUUCCACAAUCGGCCACCAGCGCCCAACGAUCACUCGCUCGACAAAAUUCAACGCGUUCACAACAAACGGCAGCAGCAGCGGCACAAGCGGCACCAGCAACUUUUCAUUGUCGUCGGCGUCGUAUAAAAACAGCAGCGACGGCAUCGUGCUGCGGCCCAACAAAUGUUUGGCAGAACUCGAGCGUCUGUACGCGGAAUUUCGCGCGAGUGAAAGUCGAUUUGAGCGGGGAGUGCGACGCCAGUCGGAUAUUGAUAACGCCAACGUCGAGAUGCGUUUGAACGUGCCAGCCAAUGCAAUGGCAGCGUCGCCAACUGCAGCAACAACUGCGAAUGCUAAUACGAAUACGAAUCUGAAUGCUGGUGGCAGCAGCAGCAGCAGCGUGUUUCUUAAUGCUCCUACAAGCAGCAGCAGCAACAACAACCACUGCGAAAGUCCUGCAGAGCAGAGCGUUAGCAACAUUGCUGUGCUGUCAGCUUCUAAGUCCUGCCAGCGUCAGCCCAGUCUCACGAUUCAAGUGAAUAACAACAACAAUACUAAUAAUAAUAAUAAUAACGGUACUAACAGCAGUCGCGUCUCGGUGGCUUCGUCGUCGUCGCCCACGUCGAGCAUUGUCAACAACAAUAACGGUGUUUGUGUGGUGGAGAUAAAUAAGAGUGUGCCAGCAGCAGCAGCAGCCGCGACAGCAACAGCUGCAAAAGUGUUUAGUGCAACAAGUGUCCAAAAUCAGCUAAAUAAUAAUACAAGUCCCACUGAGGAUAAGCAGCAUGUUGCAACGCCACACGCGGCAGCUGCAAGCAGCAGCAACAACAAUCACGUGAAUGAUAACAGUGUCAAUAUAAUCAAUGUGAAUGCCACCACCGUUGCCAGCAGCCCUCCGCGCACCUUCACCUCCACCGAAUGCCAAACGGAUGACCUCGCUGCAUCCCCCUCGUCCCAGCAGCAGCAGCAGCAACAGCAGCAGCAACAGCAGAUGCGAACACGGGAGCAGCGACGUCGGGAGAGACGGGAACGGCGGCAGCAGCAGCAACAGCAACAGCAGUUUCCCCCGCAUCACCCGAGACGCCAUCAUGCACCACCACCACCCCCUCCGCAGCUGCACCCGCCUCCACAUCUGCACCACCCUCAUCCCGCGGCCAUGGGGCUGGCGCGUGCCCUUCUCCCGGACAUCUUACACCCUCACUACCCGCCGCCCUACAGCGCCCUGCCGGUGCCCGUGCCCAUCACAGUGGUGCCUCCCCCCUCGCAGCAGCCACCGCCACAGCAACCACCACCCCCGCCACCGCUGCCACCAUCCGUGCCACCUGCAAUGCUGACAUCCGUGAUAUCUACGGUGCCCCUGCCCGGGCCGGGUCCAGCGGGUCCACCCCUCAUGAGCGACGGACGCUUCACGCUGCCGCUGCCCAUCAUGCGCAGAUCCCCCUCGGAGCGGUCCGGGAAGGGAUGUUGCGGCCAGUGGUUCGCAGGACCUCCGCUGCGUGCUCUCAUCGCCGUCGUGGCCCUGGGCGGCGUGGCCUGCGCCCUGGGCGGUGCGGCCCUUGGUGCCACGGGACUGGCAGGUCCCCCCAAUUCGCACCUCACCGCCGCCCUCUUAAUGAUUGGAGUUGGCGUUGUGCUGGUGACGGUUAGUGGUGCCGCUUGGCGGAUGACGGCGCCUGGCGGUCAGAGCUGCCUGGGCUUGGGCCUGGGCACCAGCGUGGAUCUGGGCCGGUGCGGCCGACGACCGUGCAGCCGCGGAGGCGGAGCGCCGCACGGCCUGCUCUACCCCGAGUUCCAGCACCGACCACCGCCGCCCUCCUACCAGGCCAGCAUGCAGGAAUACCGUCUGAGACUUUUGCUGUUGGACCGCGAUCGCCAGAACGGGGUGGUGCGUGGCAACUCGCCGCCGCCCACUUAUCGAUCUCAUGCGGGCAGCCUGCUGAGGGCCCCACUGACCACACUUCGUUCCGGAAUGGGUGGAGGAGGCGGAGGCGGAGGCGCUGGCGGCACCAUCAGCAGCAGCAUGGGAGGAUCCGAGUACAGUCUGCCGCCCAGCUACCGGUCGCGCAACGCCACCCCCGCAAGCUUCGUGUGUGGCGAGCGGAGCAUUGAGACGGCGCCAUCGGGCAGGCUGCUGGCCAACGAGGACCUCCAUCUACCGGAGCCGUCGCUGGCCGAGCAACUGACGAACUACACGGCACUGCAGUCGAACACGUUGCUCACCUCGGCCAUUGUGGAAAUAGAGCGGGAUGCCACUACCACUGCCACACCGACGUCCACACCCACACCCACAACAGCGACAUCCACAUCCACGUCCACAGCAACGAAGGGUAAGGAUCUGGUGACCAUUGUGACCAUAUCGCAGGCAGACAGCGACAGCCCACAUCUACACCCCCAAAGGCAUUCAGCUGGAAAGACGACGCACAGCCAGACCCAAACCCAGACCCAGACCCAAUCACCUGGCCAGGCCAGUGCACUCGAUCAGAUCGAUAUAUUGGCGCAUCUGUAACCGAACGAAUAGGUCCAAUGUCAUCGGUCCUCUGUCCCGAGAGAAGUUGAUUAGUUAGUUUUGUUCGAUUCAACUCGUUCGUUCACUCGUGUUAACCCAAAGGUAUUUAUUUGUACGGAACUAAAGCUCUGCUGCUCCUAAAUGAAUAAUGUAAUUCGUACUUGCUAAUCUGUAACUGUAACUGUAACUGUAAUUGUAACUGUAAUCCGUAUUCUGUAACUGUACUAUUUAAGCGGCAUUUAGCUGUUAAGAUGUUUGUUGUACUUGAAUGUGUUGAAUUUAUUUUUGUAAGCAUAAGGAAAUGCGCAGAGUAGGUAUUACGAAUUCUAGAUACAUGCAAUUAUACAUAAACACACAAAUACAUACAUAUACCCAUUGAAAGUAUUAACAUAUUCCAAAAGAAAAACAAAAGAAAAUGUUAAAAAAAAAGAAGAUACAAAUCUGUAAAAGAUGCUUCGGCUAGGAGCAAAGCCAACGUACACUUCACAGAGGAUAAGCGGAUUGUACCAGAGUUCCACUACGAGUUUAGCUUGUUGUCCGAAAGGUAAUUUAUACCUGAUAUGUUAUGGAGCCUGUAAAGUGUACCAAUCUAUGAAGAACUCGACCCACUAUCGAACUGUAAAUACGAGAGAGAGAUUUCGAGUGCAUUUCUAGCAUGUGUUAGGCGUAGGCCCCCUCACUCAUCCCACACCCCUUACGCCCACUCAAGUAAACUAUUAAACAAAGAGAUAAUAUAUAUAAAUAUAGAUGUACAUGUAUCUAUGUAUCUACUGGAUAUAUGCGGCCAGUGCAUAUAUCUGUGUAAAUUCGCAACGGAACGCUACGGUGACAAAAAUUUGGCGCGCAUUUUCGGAAAACACGAAUAUCCAACUGAAUACUGAAUACACGUACUUCGAUUCGAUCUGAUUUCGAUUUCUGAACAAUUCGCGUUUCAAACAAAUAGUAGGUAAAGCUACCCCAUAAUGAUAUGUUAAAUUACGACUAAAUUGUAGCUGCUGUGCUAUUAGUAGUGGGCUGCGUGGGUGUGUCCUGCCGGGCCCCUGUCAAACAUCCCGACACAUCCUGCACGAGUACAAUUCACACGCUACACGCUACUCACUACACACUACACCCCACAUACAACACACACACACACUAACUUAAAGUCCUUUCUGUAAUGUGCGGGGCGAAGUAAUCUAAACAUGAAAUAAAAGAACCCAACAAAUCGUUGAAAAAUGCCACAAAAA